AUGACGGUUAGAAAAACUAAGAAACACGCGGUCGAAAUUUAUCCGGCCAUCGGCUUUCGUUAUCCGGUAUAUAUUCGGAAGAUAGUCUACUUGGCCUGCUUGAUGAUGGUCAUGUUUCUGAUAGCCAGGAUGAGAGGGAGGGACCAAGGCCCAGAUUACAUUCAAAGUGGAAUGGCUCCGACCGACGAGAUUCGACACGUCGAGGAUUUGCAAUCCGAAGUCGACGAUCUCGCACAAGCCAGUCAAUCAUAUUUCCCAUCUUCUGAGCAUGCGUAUCGAACGCUGAGCGGUAUAAGAAUAACAACUCCCCAACCACCGCUCGCCCCGGCCAGAGUUACGCCAAUCAAGUCUUUUCCAGGUUAUUCCAAAACCGAGGGCUAUAUAAAGAUGGAUGGAAAUUGUUUAUUUAGGACGUUCGCACACUUCAAGUAUGGAGACCAAGAGAGGCAUAUCCAAGUCAGGAAGGAAAUGAUCAAAUACAUAGAAACCAAGCCGAUGGAAUUCCAAGACUUUGUUGAAGGAGAGGAAUCAGAACCAGAACUUAGAUUGAAGAACUAUCUUUUGAAGAUGGAGAAUGGCGCUUGGGGAGAUGAGAUCUCGAUCAAAGCCUUGUCAGAAGCUUAUGGUUUGAACAUUGUGGUUCUAUCUAUCUCAAACUUUUCAAUUCACGCUCAACUCCAUGUCGUCAAUGAAAGAACCCAAGAUUUCAAAGGAGCCUAUCUUCAAAACGAACAUUAUGAGUUACUAUUACAAAAUGUAAGCAUCAUGGUGUUUUUUUCUUUCCUUAUCUCAAAAAGAGUUGCAUGUUGGUACUAA